UUCUCAAACUGAACCAGACUCUGGUUCCACCCGGAGAGAAGCGAAGACAAGAGAAGCAGAGCGAACUGAGCGUUCCCGACCCUCGGCCAGGACCAGCCUUCCCCAGAGCAUCCCCACCGCGGAGCGAAACCUUCCCCGGAGCAUCCACGCAGCGGAGCGCAGCCUUCUAGAAGCAGAGCGCGGCGCCAUGGCCAAGAACACGGCGAUCGGCAUCGACCUGGGCACCACCUACUCGUGCGUGGGCGUGUUCCAGCACGGCAAGGUGGAGAUCAUCGCCAACGACCAGGGCAACCGCACGACCCCCAGCUACGUGGCCUUCACCGACACCGAGCGCCUCAUCGGAGACGCCGCCAAGAACCAGGUGGCGCUGAACCCGCAGAACACCGUGUUCGACGCGAAGCGGCUGAUCGGACGCAAGUUCGGCGACGCGGUGGUGCAGUCGGACAUGAAGCACUGGCCCUUCCAGGUGGUGAACGACGGCGACAAGCCCAAGGUGCAGGUGAACUACAAGGGCGAGAGCCGGUCGUUCUUCCCGGAGGAGAUCUCGUCCAUGGUGCUGACGAAGAUGAAGGAGAUCUCCGAGGCGUACCUGGGCCACCCGGUGACCAACGCGGUGAUCACGGUGCCCGCCUACUUCAACGACUCUCAGCGGCAGGCCACCAAGGACGCGGGCGUGAUCGCGGGUCUGAACGUGCUGCGAAUCAUCAACGAGCCCACGGCGGCCGCCAUCGCCUACGGGCUGGACCGGACCGCGGCCACCGACAAGAGCACCGGCAAGGCCAACAAGAUCACCAUCACCAACGACAAGGGCCGCCUGAGCAAGGAGGAGAUCGAGCGCAUGGUGCAGGAGGCCGAGCGCUACAAGGCGGAGGACGAGGUGCAGCGCGACAGGGUGGCCGCCAAGAAUGCGCUCGAGUCCUAUGCCUUCAACAUGAAGAGCGCNGUGGAGGACGAGGGUCUCAAGGGCAAGCUCAGCGAGGCUGACAAGAAGAAGGUGCUGGACAAGUGCCAGGAGGUCAUCUCCUGGCUGGACUCCAACACGCUGGCGGACAAGGAGGAGUUCGUGCACAAGCGGGAGGAGCUGGAGCGGGUGUGCAGCCCCAUCAUCAGCGGGCUGUACCAGGGUGCGGGUGCUUCCGGGGCUGGGGGCUUCGGGGCCCAGGCUCCCAAGGGAGGCUCUGGGUCAGGACCCACCAUCGAGGAGGUGGAUUAGAGGCCCCUCUCCUCUUGGCUCUCCGGGUAUGGUCUAGAAGACAGACUCGUCGCACUUGAUAGCUGCUUUGGCACGGAUUACUGUCUAGUUUAUUUGUAGUCCUCUCCGUAGUUUAGUUUAAAGUCACAGCCUCUCUUAAGGUAAUUGAGUUGAUUGUUAAAUUUUGUAUGCUUAUAUUUUUUUAUAUUCAAAUUCACGUUGGGAGCUUCUCUAUGCACUGUACCAGGGGAUUUUGUUUUAUAGCUAAUGAUGUGUAAAGUCUAAAGACUUUUCGGUAUUUUUAUAUCAGUGUUCCAGUGGCCUGGGAAGACAUAGUCUUUGCUGCCCGGUUCCCUCGAGAUGGUCAUCUCUAAGACAAACUGUCUUUCAGAAACGUCUUGGCACUGUGUACUACAUAACUCUUCUCUUUUGUACUUAAAACUUGAUCUGCUUGUCCAUGUUGAGGGUCUGUGGUAUAACCAGUAUGUUCUUUGCAUUUAAUCUAACCGGGUUAAAGAUGGUGUAUCCUUCCUGAAAACAUGUCCACACUGCCACCUUGUGAACAUUUUUUUCUUUGCAUCACUACAAACUAUUGAAAAAACUUUUAUGACUUAAAUAUUCAAAAUAAAAGUUACAAGUAUAUUUUGUUGGUUUGUAUGUUGAGAGGGAUAAUGGAUUCUGGGUUUAUGUGGAUUUCUUAAGUUUUGUUUUGUUUUUUUGUUUUUUUG